AUGAAAUGGCUGUUUUUAGACAACGGCAUCAAGGACCGUUCGCUCAGCAUCGACCCGGCAUUGCGCAGAAUCGGCAUCUUCGACGGCGGCUACACGUACUGCUCGUACUCGACCGUCCGCCUCGCGGCCGCAGCCGUCGUUCGUGUCCUUGAUAACCCGGACAAGACCAAGAACAAGGUCGUGCACGUGCAGAGCUUCUGCGUGUCCCAGGACGAGAUCAAGGCGUCACUCGAGCGCGUUACGCGUGAACGAUGGACUCCAGUCAGCAUGGGUCACCCGGUAUACACCCCCUUCCUUUUGGAUCUGGCACAGCGUGAUCAUUUCGAGGCGACCAAAAUACUGGCCCAUCUAGUGGGCGUGGCCGAGGGCGACUAUGCUACAGAAAGCGGCCUCGACAUGACUGAACUUGGUAUGCCGAUGCAAAUGGAGCCCCUGGAUUAUGUCGUCAGAAAGGCUCUUGAACUCGAGUCCAACUGA